AUACUCUCCCGUGGAAGGAUCUGAUGAAAUACUCGUUAACAUGACAAAUUGGGAAAAAGAUGUGACAGUCCCUGUACACCACAAAUCGUAUAUUUUGACCCCUGAAGCAGCAUCAUUGCAUUCCUUUAACAUUGUAUCUCCUUUCAAACAACAACAGCCAUUGAUCAAAACUGCCAUGGUAUACCAUACAUGCCAAAUCAGUGGGAACUUAAAUUCCGAACCUACGUGCAAAACAAUGUUUGUUAACGCGGACAAUAUUAAAAGCUACAUGAAUCCAUCAAAUCACCAAAUACACACAAUCAUUGACAGUGGCAGAACAAUGGAAAAAACAUUGGCCAGGUAUAUGGAGCACAGACUACAGCAGGGGUUUAGAUACAUGAACUAUUAAUCCAUAGCAUGCCUUGUUAUACAUAUAUAUUAGCAGGUAGGUCAAUCGCUAACUUUGCCAAAAUCUCAUCCAACAUGGUCACAAUUUUUCCCAGGUAUCUCAAAAAUCGCCCAUGAAUUUUCAAAAAAUAAUCAAGUUCAGAAAUUGUCUGAAUGAAACAUAACACGAUUAUGACGAGUUUCCGUGGCGAUUUCAGAGGUUGUUGGUUAAGGUUAAAGAUUGUGAUAAUGUUGGAUAUAUUAGUGAAGG